GAAUGCCUUUGGGAAUUCGAAGAGUAUUCUGAUCAGCCUUGAACAUGCGCACUUAUCUCGUUCGCGUAUCUCCGGGUAACCGAAAACUGCAUGUGGCACAAACAAAAUAGUUGAUUCAGAAUCUAUUCGGAAUCCAACCUUUUCGUUCCACGUUCGAAAUGGAGUUGGAAUUGACCCAUGUAGAUUACACAACCGUGGGUCUUACGGCAGCAAAUUGUCUUCAACUACUGCCAAUAUCUUCUAGAGGCGGUGGUGAACAGUCCAGCCGAAAUGCAUCAUCAAGCAGGCAGCAACAGAAGGUAGUGGUCGGUGACCAGGAUGGAGUGCUGCAGGUGUUCUCAAUGAAAAAAGAUGAACUUCAGAUUCAUUUUAAAACGUUACCACACGAUAAGAUAGCUUCGGUUAAAUUGGGCGGACAGGCGGGUUCGGUGGCCGAUAAGAUCUUUACCGCUGCAGAAAAUAAGGUUCGCGGUUUCAACAAAAAAGGGAAGAUGUUUCUCGCGUUCGAGACUAACCUAACGGAGAAUAUCCGAUCUAUGUUUGUGAGUGGAAGUGAUUUAUUGGUUUGUGGGAAUCAUGUUUACAAUCAUUAUAAGGAUUGUAAGGAGCAUGGUUCUUAUCUGUGCGGCGAUGCCAUUGUUGAUGUUGCAGGGCUUUGUCCGAAUAAUACAAGCCGGUUGAUAACUGUAUUAGCAUGCUCGGGUCGAGUGUUGCGGAUCCUUGAACACUCAAGAGUGCGUCAAACGUUGGAACUGGAGAGUGUGCCUACAGUAUUGCAUGUUCCUAGGUGUCUAGGCGAUAGACUUCUUUGCGGGUUCGCGGAUGGCAGGGUUAUUCUCUUUCACAUCAAUCUGUCAGUGAGCGAAGUGAAGCAGGAGACUUUGAUCAAGGAUACAGAAAACCUUAGUGCUGUGACUUGCAUUGGGACGUAUGAUAUUUCCGGAGAUGGUAAAGACGAAUUGAUCAUUGGGCGGAGGGAUGGUACGCUACAGGUAUUCACCAUGAACUCGGACGAAUAUCAGUUCGAAAUGGAAUGCACCCAGAUCUAUAGAGAGAACUUCAAUGAAAGUAUUUCGUGUGUUCAGGGAGGAUGCGUCGGUGCAAAUAAUUAUGCUGAGAUAGUUGUCUGCACGUAUUCCGGAAGGGUGUUUGGAUUGACAACGCAAUGUAUAAGCAAAAGCUUGAGUGACUCAAACAAACGAGGAUCAGUAACUAUGGCACCAGAAGCGUCAAAUAAACUGCAUAAACUAAGGGCAGAAAUUUAUGAGCUCGAGCAAGCAAUUACCAGAGAACGUGAACGGUAUCAACUAUCGACGCAAGCUCUAUCUACCGGAUUAUCUGCAAUCCCAAUGCUCCCAGUUAAUGAUUCAAUGAUACUUUGUCAAGAAGAUGCAACCUAUUUGCUGACCAUUGAGCUCCCCACUCCAAUUGAGCACGUUUUGUUGCAAUGUGACGCACCAAUCAAUCUGAUCGACGUGGAGAAGAAUUCGGCUGUGGUCAGCUUCAGUGAAUGCGACAAGAUGAGCGGAAAUAAUCUUCUGGCGAGCUAUCGCUGCCAAUCUAAUACCAAUCACGUGGACUUGAAAUUCCGUACAGUCGAAGGUCAAAAUGGAACUCUACAAGUAUACAUAACCCCUAAUCUGCAGCCUAAGUGCUGCCAGUUGAAACGGUACUCUAUCAAGCCCCUAUCGUUACACAUGAUUGUUCACAACCAGACAGAUGAAAUGAUGUCCAGGGCUAUGAAUGUACUUCUGCUCAAAGGAGCAUUUAGCCAGGCUGAAAUGCAUAACUGGCUGAUCAAUAGUAUUCCAGAAAUUCCGGAGAAAAUUUACGGCAAUGACCGAAACCGUCUCGUGUUUCGUCACGUGUUUAUAGGGACCCUUUUGAUUUGUGACUAUGGAAAGGCGGAAGCCGAUUUCAGAAGCGAUAAUAUUUCGACCAUAUCUAUUCUGAAGGAUUUUAUUACGAAGGAAGCUACGAAGAAGAGGAUCAAGCUUGAAAUAACUACCAAUAUCAACGAACAAACCAUUCCUGGGCUGAUCAAGUUAAUCGAACCGAAGAUCAUCCACUACAAUAAACUGACCAAGGACUACCAAGUUUUGCAGGCUUUGAUCGAUUUAGAUAUUCGAAACGAUGACGAGUUCGAGACACUAUCAGAGGAGUAUCGCCAGCUGCUGGAAAAUCAACGACAGAUAGAAAGUGAAUUCAAGAAACAACCCACCAUACUGAACCGAAUCUACGGUAUACUAACGGAUUUGUACAUUGACAAGUUUAAGUUCAAGGGGGUUAAUGUUAAGACGAAGUUGCCGCAAUUGAUUGAGCUGCUAGAUAACUAUAAACUAAGUCCGGAGUGGUCUGUGCAGUGCAUAAAAGUCUUCUUCAUUCAGCUCGGUCCAUGGCUGCACGUCGCCUACCGCGCAGUCUGUGAACGUUCCGCAAAUCGUCCUCCACUUGAUCGAUCCACCUUGCUCGAUGUGCGCCUUGCUUUCUUGUUCCGGUCGGAUAACCGGAGAAAAUAGUCCAAGUGGAUCAAAUAGUUUUGCAACCUCAGAGUACACGGUUCGUUUCGUGAUUGAUUGCGACAAAAAUUGUGGUUGGGUUGAUGUGCUUGCGAUGAGAAAGUUGUCGGCUUUGGGAUCCCAAAGCAAUCCUAGCACCUUGAUGACAUCGUUCACUCCACAUUCAUGCAAAGACAUCUGUUUUUCCCGUUAAUGCGGUGGUAUAUGUUUCAGAAAAUCAUCAGAAUUCGAACACCACUUGUGUAAUUGGAAGCCACUGUGAGCUAGCAGAGCCUUCGACAUUCGCUGAGCUCAUCCAACGUAUCGACGCCGGAUAAUACGUCAUCAACGUAGAAAUCUUCCCUCACGAUCCGAAAAGCGACAGGGAAAUCCGAAGCUUCAUCCUCAGCUAGUUGCAUGAGACAGUGUGCGUGGCUUGGUACGGAGCCGAAGCUGUUCCAUAUGUAACCGUAUUUAGCUCCAAUGCUCUUAGCGGUUGUGAUGGGUCCUCUCGCCAAAAGAUUCGUAGCAAUCGUUUGGCCUACGGGGCAAUGAACACUUGACGAUACAUUUUCGAUAUAUUAGCGGAAAAAGCAUACGAGUAUUUCCGGAAGCGCAGCAUGAUCGAGUAUAAGUCACUCUGUACGACAGGACCUAUCUGUAGAACCUCGUGCAAAGACAGUUGCGUAGGUUCCGACUUUGCACUAGCAUCAAAAACCAUUUUGUACU